GAGAGGAAGAACGAGAUAGAUAGAUAGAGAGAGAGAGAGAGAGAAGAGCAGUUGGUUCGUGGACCGGAUUGGUGAACUCAUUCUAUCUCUUUCUCUCUCGUACCUAUAUCACAGAUAGGAUUCACGGAUGAACCAAAGGCCGUUUUCUUCAUCUUUAUAUUCUUCUUCUUACUCGUCCUCCUCACCGCCAUAACAUCGUAACGAAAGAAGAGAAGAUAAAGAAGACAUCAAGAUGCCUUGUUCCGCUGUAACGCUGUCCCUUGCGACCAUAACCGGUAUCAUUGCCACUGCACUACUAGCGAUUGCCUUCUCCACGGAUAAUUGGCUCUACACCGAGGUCAAGCGUGCCCAAAUUCAGCAAUAUGCAGGCAAGCACGCCGAACAAAGUCAUCUGAUAGAUCAAAUGAAUGCAAAGUAUUAUUACUAUACAAGAACUCAGGGACUCUUCAGGAUAUGUUAUCCCAAAGAAAGACCACCUACGGUGGAGACGUAUUUGAGUCCGGUGGAAACUCAUUGCAUGAACAUCGAUUACUUCAUCCCCGACGAAGAAAACCAAACGAGGGACUUCUCCGACGACGCAAUGGCUCGAUUACACAUGGGAAGAUCCGUCAUCGCUCUCUUCAUGGUAGGCUUCCUAGCAAUAUUUUCUGCCUUUUGGACAGGAGUAGUUGGUUGUUGGCGAAGAUCACCGGGAAAUAUCACGGCAACCGCCAUUUUGAUGUUAUUUGCUUGUUUACUAAGCGCCGGAGGCAUGGGACUUUGGCAUGGCGUGGAGUAUUAUGAGAAGGAAAAGAUAGUUGGCGAGGAAUACUAUCAACAAUGGAGCAACGUUCUAAAGGAUAACACAGCGCAGUGGUACGACUGGUCGUUUUACAUGGCCUGGCUAGGAGUGGCAAUGUGUUUAGGCACGAUGACAUUAUUUCUGAUCGCGGCAUCCUGCUUAAGAAAGGAACGUGCUCGCGAGCAGACCCAGAAUGUUCAGUACAUCAUGCCAGUGUAUCCUCAGAAGCAGCAGUACGCUUAUGCGGGUUAUCCAGCACCAGCAGCGUAUCCAGGACCGUAUUAUCAUGGAUCGCAAUACGGGCCGUACAAUUAUUGAUGCUUUGAAGACAUCUCGAAGAUCGUUUGAAGUGGGAUGAAUUUUUCGAUUCCGAUUGAUGUGUGCCAGAGGCAUACAUUCGUCGUAUACAAUCAGUAGUCAGCCAAUUAGUCAAUCAAAUUAAUCGAUCAAUCAAUCAAAUCAAUCAAUCUCUCUAUUCCUUCAAAAUGGCGGAAGGAAAAAAGAAGAAUCGAAGGAUUUAGAAACGUGAUUUGAGAAAAAUCGAGUCCAACUCGAGUGAGAAUUAAAAAGAAAGAAAAAACAAACGAAAAAAAAAGAAAAAAAAAAAAAGAAGGAAAAACCCUAUAUGCGAAAGAAAAGAAAAGAAAAAAAAAAGAAAAGAAAAGAAAAGAGCAAAAAACAAAAAAAAAAAAAACGAAAAGAGAAACAAUCAAGAAAUACUAAGUGCCGUCCUGUGCCUUGUUUUCUAAAGUAAACUCGAAUAAUCGAGUUGUACGAACGUUUUCUAAGGUCGUUCGCGUGGCUGACAUCCGGUGUGCGAUGCAUAAUCUUCUUCGAAAGAUGCUCCCUUUCGAGCUACGAUACGCUCCGUUUCCAUUUUUAACGCAAAAACAAAAAGUAGCACGAAGGAAGAGUUUAUUUACAUGGCACGAUGCUCUCUUGUGCGAGGUCGUACGAUCGCCUAACAUUUUCUGUACUUACUAUCGUUAGUUAGGAAUGAGGUGAUUUUAUAUUUUCUUCUUCUUCUUCUUCUUCUUUUUUUUUCCCCUCAUCUAUCUUCUUCUUUAUCUUUAUCUUUAUCUUUUCAAGAUAAUGUCGCAUCGAUACGAUCUUUAUACCCUAUAUAUAUAUAUAUAUAUAUAUAUAUAUAUAUAUACAUAUAUAUUUUUUGUUGUAAAUUAUUAUUUAAAAGCGUGCCGCGAUUUCAUUUCGAAAAUUCCUAGAUUUUCAAGUUUAGAUUUCACUUUCGUCGUUUUCCCUCCAAAGAUAUAUAUAUAUAUAUAUUUAUGUAUGUAUUUACAUAUCUCUCACUAUAUACACGUACGUAUUCCUUAAAAAAAAAAAAAAAAAAAAAAAAAAAAAAAAAAAAAAAAAAAGAGAAAAAAAAAACAUGUUAUUGGUUUAAAACGAUUUAUUAAAUAUAGAUAUUCUUUCAUUCAUUCUUACGAAAGAAUCUAUAAACUUGACUGAAUUUCAUUCGAAUCAUAUAAAUACGAUAAAAAAAAAAAUCUAUCGUUCGUUGCAUUUUUAUUUCGACAAGGAGGGAUCAUUUUCGAUCGUCGCUUAUAAGCGAGACUCUCUCUCUCUCUCUCUCUCUGUCUCUCUCUCUUUCUCUCUCUCUCUCUCUAUCUAUCUAUCUAUCUAUCUAUCUAUCUAUCUAUCUAUAUCGUCUAGUUAUUUUGAUACAUAGAUACGUAAGAUUUUUUUUAUUCGAGAUAGGCAAAUCACGUAUUUAAGUAAAACCGAUAAGAAUAGUUUGAAUUAUUAUUGAAAAAAAAAUUAUCAUUCUGAUUAUCUCCGUCUUUGAUGUCGAUUUUAUAGGGCUUCGUUUAGAUUCGAGAUUGUAAAUCUAAAUUAGGUCUUAAAUAAAAGACGUGGUGCUCCGACAUAAA